AACGAAGUACUCUGCGCUAAAUUAUCGCGGGAGUAUUGAACAAACAUAACAUGCAAAGGGAAGAAUGGGGAAUAUGAAUGCAGCUUUUGUGUUUAACCUCUUGUGUAUUCCUGUUAGCUAGCUCAUAUGAAUGAUACACGGCAUAAUUGUGACUUGUUGAAACUGAUAUUGGCGAAAUUAUGUGGAAGUGUAAUUUAACAGUAGUUCUUAUUCUUGUCGUCUGCAAGGCAAUCUGUGAUGGAAGGAAGGAUAUUCAGAAUGAUCACAAACACAUGCACUGGAAGGCAGAUAUCGACGGUGGGAGAUUGAUGGAUUCAGUUGAAUUCACAGUCAAGGCGUGUCCAAGGGUUAUAACCCGCGAAGAGUGGGGUGCUCGACCUGCCAAGGAUAGGUCAGACAUGGAAACUCCGGUUCCCUUUGUGAUAUUACAUCACACCGAUACGCCAGAAUGCUUUACCUUUGACGAAUGCUGUAAGAUGAUGCGAUCCAUACAGGAUUUCCACAUGGACGUCAGGGGAUGGAACGACAUCGCAUAUUCCUUCCUGGUCGGUGAAGACGGUUUGGUAUACAGAGGUCGAGGAUGGGACACCGUGGGUAGUCAUGCACCCUGGUAUAACUUCAGAUCAUUAGGCAUAUCUAUCAUGGGUAAUUUUACAACGAAGCUUCCGAACCAGAAGGCAAUAGAAGCUGUCGAUGAAAUCAUUAACUGUGCCAUUGUAAACAAUAAACUCAAGUCUGACUACAUUCUCUAUGGUCAUCGCCAAGCUACUCCAAACAGGACCUGCCCAGGCCAGGCUCUUUUUGACAUGAUCCAAACUUGGCCUCACUGGUACAACCCCAACCAGCGAUGCAAUAUCAUCUGCAUACAUGUGCGUGUCGCAACUUAG